AUGGAGUCCACUUCGGGUAGGGAACUUGUCACAGUAGCGUCUUUAGACCAUGGGGUAGGUCAUGGGGGGACGUCCGAGGUGGAUAGGUAUGCCAUGGCUGAGGAGGACGUGGAUUAUACCCAGGAGUGGGGGGCUUCUAGAGUGCCCUCAAACAUGACGGGGAAGAGGUUGGGGGUGCUUAGGGAGAGGUUCGUCUUUGCAGAUAGUAGUACGAGGUUCGAGCUCAGCAGGGAGGAAUUUGAGGUGAUAGAGGAUAUUUACAAGAGGCCUCUGAAGCUUCGGUACUUCGAUCACCUAAUUGACAGAAGCAGAUACUUCUUUGACUUCGGGCUGAUGGCAUCCAGAGAUAAAUUCAAGAAGAGGGAGUACCCAGCUCCAGACAUGGCCUCCAUCCUGAAGGCCACUUCUACUGCAAAGGCGAGGCCCCUGAAGCCCGAGUCUAGUGGAGCAAAGGAAGUUCGAGGCAGGGUUGAGCGCCUGUCAAAGGACUGCACUCCUAGGGCCAUGGAGGAGGCAUCUACUCAGAGGCCAGAGAAGCCCAAGGAGAAAGUCCCUGAGGAGACUAAGAAGAGGAAACUGGUGCACAUCUCCAGCUCAGCUGGCAAGUUCGGGACUUCAGUGUCCCAUAGGGCAGAACAGACCGGUGAGCCAAAGCUCCUUGCUGCAGCCUCUAAAGCCAUCAAAAUAGAGAUGGUAAGAGAGGUGGAGGCUGAAGAGGCCAGAGAAGAGGCUGCAAGGAGAGCUGCGGAAGCCGCCGAAGAGGAGGCGACGAAGGAGAGGCCGGUUCGGGAGAAGGGGAAGUCUCCUAACUUCCUAGCUGGGAAGGAGGAUGAGCUGGACCCAGCCUUGGUGGAGGCCCUCCCUGAGGAAAUCAAAGGUACCACCGAGAGCUUUUACAAGUUCUGGACGGAGAGGUGGCAGCUUCAUGCCUCGUCUUGUGAUGCCGCCGACCUUACAAGGGCACUGGUGAGCCAAAGCGCCCGGACCUUUGGCCUCGCGCUUGAAUGUAGGGAGGCAUUAAGUGAAUUUCAGACAAGGACUCACGCCUCAGAGGGGAAGGCUGCCUCCAUUGCAGAGGAAGUCAAAGCUGCUAAGGCCGAGGCUGAAGAAGCCAAAGCUCAGAGGGUUGAAGAAGCGACGAAGCUCGAGUCUGCCUUGACUCAAAUUGAGGCCCUAAAGAGGGAAGUAUUUGAGUCACAGUGCGAGGUGGCCUUCCUGAAAAAGAAGGUGGAGGUCUCCAAUGAGUACCAAAAGGUGACUGCUGAGGCUCUGGAGCAGGCAAAUCUCGCCUUGGCCGGCGCUCGUGAUGCCAAUCAGUUUCUCGAAGGCCAGGCGAAGUGGUAUAUGAACGACGCCUCGGUUGCUAGAGAAGAGGCCCGGACGGCAGCGGAAGAGGCGGUGAAGGCAUACAUCGCCAAUUUCCACACUAUAGAGGAGUAUAAAAGCUUCAGCGCGUACUGGAGGAACUUCGCCUAUGCCGAAGUGCUGGAGAGGGCAGAGGAGCUUUAUCCCAACUUGGACCUGGCACAACUUAGGUCCGAGUUUCUGGAUGAGGUUCCUCAGACCCCAGCUGAGGAGGUGCAGGGUGACGAGGCAGCUGAUGCCGAAGCCCCAAAUGCUGAGGCAGGGGAAACAACCACUGAUGCCCAGGUUGCCGAACCCCCAAGUGCUGAGGCGCCUCCUUCAUCCAGCCAGGCUUAG